AUGACCAAAAAUUUUGAAGAGAAACUAGGCGAAGGAGGCUACGGUAUGGUUUACAAAGGCAAAUUGCGCAGUGGAGAUGCUGUUGCUGUCAAAAUGUUGAACAAAUCAAAAGCUGAUGGACAAGAGUUCAUCAAUGAAGUUGCAACUAUUGGACAAAUUCACCAUGUGAACGUGGUUCGGUUGGGGUGUAGUAUGCAAAUUCUGCAUUUUGAUAUUAAGCCGUAUAACAUCUUACUUGAUGAGAACUUUGUUCCAAAAGUUGCAGACUUUGGACUCGCAAAACUUUACCCGAUGCAAAAGAGUAUUGCAACUCUUUCUGCCAUGAGAGGAACAUUUGAUUACAUGGCCCCGGAACUGGUCUAUAAAAAGAUUGGAAGAGUCUCAAACAAGACAGACGUUUACAACUAUGGAAAGUUACUAAUGGAGAUGGCGGGAAGGAGGAGAAAUGCGGAUAAGCAUGCUGAGCAUUCAAGUCAAAUAUACUUCCCUUCAUGGAUUUAUGACAAAUUCGAUCAAGUGGAGGAAAUGGAAAUCGGAGAUCAUGCAACUGAAGAAGAAAAGACAAUUACAAGAAAAUUGAUUUUGAUUGCAUUGUGGUGCAUACAGAUGACACCUGCGGAUCGUCCUUCAAUGAGAGAAGUCUUAAAAAUGCUUGAAGGUGAUGCUAGUGACCUAAAGUUGCCUCCUAAACCGUCGUUUUACCCUCCAGAUUUACCCAUAUCCAUGCAAAGAAGCAGCAAUAGUAGUUCUUCUGACGAGUCAACGGCACCCUUAUGUAGCUCUGUUGCUUUAGAAAUAGAGCAGAUGGAUGACUAA